CCACCAGCAGAUCAGCGGCUGACGGCUGAACCCGGCGAACAGUCAGUCAGAGAGAUACACACACACUCAACACGUCCAGCCAUCAUCUGGGGAAUAUAACACUUUAUUUCACUGGUCGUGUAAAUCUUUGAAUCUGUGUGAUCGGGUUCACGUAACGUUACAUCUGUGGAUAUACGAGCAGUUCAUCUGACCCGCCGCUGAACAGGAGGAGGCUGAGCAAUGAAUAAGCUACGGCAGAGCUUCCGGCGAAAGAAAGACGUUUACGUGCCCGAGUCCAGCCGGCCGCACCAGUGGCAGACAGACGAGGAGGCCGUGCGCGGGGGCAAGUGCAGCUUCGCUGUAAAGUAUCUGGGGCACGUGGAGGUCGAUGAGUCUCGUGGCAUGCACAUCUGUGAAGAAGCCGUCAAGAGAUUGAAGACGGACAGAAAGUUCUUCAAGGGCUUCUUUGCAAAAGCGGGUAAGAAGGCCGUGCGCGCGGUGCUCUGGGUGUCUGCAGAUGGCCUGAGGGUCGUAGAUGACAAGACAAAGGAUCUGAUCCUGGACCAGACGAUAGAGAAGGUUUCCUUCUGUGCGCCGGACCGUAACUUUGAGCACGCCUUCUCCUACAUCUGCAGAGACGGGACCACACGCCGCUGGAUCUGCCACUGUUUCAUGGCCGUCAAAGACUCGGGCGAGCGUCUGAGCCAUGCGGUGGGCUGUGCGUUUGCCGCGUGUCUGGAGCGGAAACAGAAGCGGGAGAAAGAGUGCGGGGUCACGGCCACCUUCGAUGCCAACCGCACCACCUUCACACGGGAGGGCUCGUUCCGCGUCACCACCGCCACCGAGCAGGCGGAGCGAGAGGAGGUCAUGCGGCAGCUGCAGGACGCCAAGAAAGACUCUGAGUGUGUGUUGAGCAUCUCCUCUGUGGGCGUAUCAAACCCUGCGGUCUCCCUGGCGGGACCCAACGACUCGUCGUCCUCGCCGCCUCUGUCCAUGAACACACUGGCCCCUCAGGACGUCAAUCCUCACGCCAUCCCCCGACGCCACGCGCCCGUGGAGGCUCUCGCUCGCCAGGGCUCGUUCCGCGGCUUCCCAGCGCUCAGCCAGAAGACCUCUCCCUUCAAACGCCAGAUGUCCCUGCGCAUGAACGAGCUGCCGUCCACCAUGCAGCGCAAGUCGGACUUCCCCAGCAAGAACACUGUGCCGGAGGUGGAGGGAGAGGGCGACAGCAUCAGCUCUCUGUGCACUCAGAUCACAUCCACCUUCAGUGGGCCUCCAGAGGACCCGUUCUCCUCGGCACCGAUGCCCAAACACACCUCCUCACCACAGUCGCCCGCUGCUCCAGUCAACGGAGCAGUUCCUGCUUUCCCGCCGCCUAGCGUCACAGUCUCCGCUGCCGCUAACUCUCCCGUGCUGCCGCCCCCGCUGCCUGUGCGAGAGACUAACCCCUGGGCCAAGACCCCAAACACAGCCCACACAGCACAUAUAGGUAAGACACCUGGGCUCCCUGUGCUGCUGACCAUGCAGGAUAGGUGCUGAGA